CGUUGCUAUACUAUCGGCCUUUGUUUGCGUGGUAUAGUUUCUACCAAGAAGGUGAAUAGUUGAGCUUCUCAUCAGCAUGAAUCGCAUCAUCCUGCUUCUUCUGAUUGGGGCCUGUGCUGCAGCAGUUAUUGCAGAUGUCCCCAAGCCAUUGGCAGACUCAGAGAUUGACAGCAAUGAGGACGGAGAGAUGGAGACCAAGAGCGGAUUCUCUGUGGCCUGGACUGGCCCACAAAUGUGGGUAUGCAGUUCAAGUACACUUGCCGCCAGGAAGCACUACGUCUGUCACCCCCCUGGAAGACACCACCACCACAAACGAGAGGAUGAAGACAAUUCAGAUGCGUUUCUGACCGAGGAUGACGCUAAUACCUUCCUGGCAAGUCCUAGCAAGCGUAAGGCCAACAUCAUCCAUGAGGAAUGUUGCCACGAGGGAUGCUUCUGGGAGGAAAUCUUGGAGUACUGCUAGAGAACACGGCAAGAUACACGGCCUGAACGGGCAUGGUGCCCGGCUAAGUUAACGUAGAAUUAGUAGCGAAGUCGUUCCUUUUAUCUUGAUAUGAUAUAUUUUUUCGUCUUUCAGCAAUUUUGCUUAUUGUUUUCUCCUGAGGUUAAAAGGUGGUGUUUUUGUUUGUUAUUUCUUUGAAGCCUGUUGUCCAACGUGCAUAUGACACAUUGUUUCUGAUACUCAAUAUUUGAUUCAAACAUAUUCAAACAAUAACUUACCACGUUGGUAGAUUUUGAAGGGAAAAAACAACAGCAAAAAACCCAGACAAGUUCCUGAGUAACGCAUAACGUAAACGUAAUUGCAGAAUAACAAGGAGGGACGUUGCUUGCUGGUUCGAGCACGCACCUCCAUUUUGUAACUGCCUUUUUUCAAAUAAUAUUCCUCAAGUAAUAUAAAACUGAUAUGAAGACUUUUGGGAAAAGCGUUAAAAACCACACUGCAAUUUUUUUCACGAGGACAGACGGCUUUUAUUUUUUUCUUCUUGAUUAAUUUGUUCACGUAUAUAUUUUAAUAUAAGAGAGUCGUAAUUACUCUGUGAAAUCAACUUCAGUUUGAAGACUGUACGAACCAUUUUAAGAAACUUUAGUAGCAAAAGCUAGUUCGACGACCCGCUGCAACUGCGGUUUUACAUAAAGUUAUUCAUAAGCAUUUUGUCCAAUACACGAAAGGAAGAAAAUGGCAGAGCCCUAGCUGCAAAUAUUACAAUUAAUUUUGGCUUAAGUAGACCUUCGUCAUAAAGUACCCAUAUCGGUUGGUAAAGUUUCGGCGUUAUAACAAACUUCGGUCCGAAUAGUUACCGGCAGGUAGACCUUUUGUAAUAAAUCUGUCGAUUAGUCACUUUUAGCAAGAAACUUUUACAAAAUCAGCUGUGAUACAGUCGCUUACUUAUACGAUCACGAACUUGUUAUACUUCAACAAAACUUUCAAUGUAAUCUAUUUUUGCUUUAAAGACCUAGAAUAAAUCGGGUUUUACUCUACAAAGUUGAUCUUUAAAAGUAAAAUCUUAAGACACUGUGCAACGAUUUCUAUUUACAGACAGAUACAUCAAUGUAGACUCGUAUCUUACUACCGUAAUUCUUUCAUUGCUUCAGGUUAUCUCUAACUUUUAUUUCAACUUUUCAAAUUACACAUUUACUGAACGACUUCAUUAAAUUAAGUAGCAAAGCAA